AGGGAAAAAACAUAAUUACAGGAAGUUUAUGAAAUACUGUCAAAUACAUGAAACAAGUAUGAAGUAAGGGAUGAUUUUGAGGUAAAUUCCAACCGAAAAACCUUUGCUGGAGACGUCAUCGAAGUUCUUGUAAUAUAUUCAGGUAGUUUAAUUCAUACACUGUACUGCAUGUAUCUCUAUGAUAUCAACACGAUUUAUAUAAGUGGAUAAAGUUGUGGUUGCUCUGAUUAUGUGACUCAUGACGACGAAAUGGAAUAAAAAACUAAGGCUGCAGGUUCCAAUUCUGUCUGGAAUAAGGGAUUUUUUUUUGGACAGGGAUUAAAAUCUGUUAUAGUAUCUUACCAAACGUUGAGUAUAUAUAGUAGAAAUAUUUGAAUAUUCUGUUGUCAUGCAGUAUUUUUUCUUUGUUUAUUUUUAAUUUUUGUUGCAAUUAGGCAAGAUCGAAGUACCACAGGUCACAUUAUUGGUCGUGCUCAAGCUCAGCAACAAAACGUAACCACCGAACGAAAUUUGAAUCCUUUGUCUUGUGGCGUUUUACGUUGCCUGACACAUGCGGCCAUGUUGUUGGGAACAGAUGAGGAUAUUCAGGUAUGUACUGUAAAUUGAACCUAUUUUAAAACAUUUAUCUUUCGCUUGUUAUGGAAAGUUGAAUCUUACGAGUUAGGUCGUUUGGAAAGGCAUAAAUAUAGUAAUUAUAUACUAGCCACUAUUGAGCAUCGAUCAUCACAUACUUCCCUGGGGAAAAACCUCAUUGCACGACAUAUACAAUACAAAUUCCAACAUGCAAAACUUGUCCUGGCAAGAUGAGGUUUCUGUGGUUUUGUUUAAUAUAAAAACUAAAAAAAAUUGCAUUCAUUUUUCUUAAUUAUGUUGUUCUAGUUGUUUUGGAGUAUCAUAGUUAAUAGAAUAACUAAACUCAUUAGAAUAAUUAACAAUUAUUCGAGGUGAUUAUCGGGGAAUAUUCGUCGAGACGAAGUCGAGGUGAAUAUUCCCCGAUAAUCACCGAGCCUGAGGCGAAUAAUUGUUUUAGUAUUUUUGUGUUUUUCUGGUCUGAAUUCAUUUUAAUUUCGCUUAUUUCUUUGUCACUAUAAACUUCAACAAAACGGCUAGCCGCCAUUUUGAAAAUUCGAUUUUGUUAUAUUCACUGUAGAUGAAUAUAACAGAUUAAUACGUCAAAUUUGACAAAUCAACGUGUAGGAUUUGUUUUCAUUUGAUUUCACUUGUGCAAUAAUACUAAUUAUCUAUGUUAGUCAACGCUUAUUCAUAAAUCUGGUCGUUCACCGCCACGUGCGUAUUGUAUAUUUUUGCCCAACUAACCAAUAGCAAUGUGGUGGUGGAUUUGGCAAAAAUACAAUACACACGUGACGGUGAACGACCAGAUUUAUGAAUAAACGUUGACUAACAUAGAUGAUUAUAUUGUUAUUCUAAUGAGUUUCCAAACCAUCUAUUCUAUUAACUAUGGGAGUAUCCACGUCCGGCAAACCAGUAACGAGACGGCCAUGAUAACUGGUCAUGAUAUGCUAAUAACCCUGAAUCUUAAUAGGUUAAAGACAAUACAUUUCUAAGGAACCGGUUUAAACAAAGCAAAUCAUUACAAAUUUGCAUAGUAUGACUUGUUGCUACAUAUGGCUAACUUUGUUUACUUAAAAUAACCAUAAAUCGGCAAGAUAUUUUCAAUUUCACGGCUAGCCGCCAUUUUGAAAAUUCGAUUUUGUUAUAUUCACUGUAGAUGAAUAUAACAGAUUAAUACGUCAAAUUUGACAAAUCAACGUGUAGGAUUUGUUUUCAUUUGAUUUCACUUGUGCAAUAAUACUAAUUAUCUAUGUUAGUCAACGCUUAUUCAUAAAUCUGGUCGUUCACCGCCACGUGCGUAUUGUAUAUUUUUGCCCAACUAACCAAUAGCAAUGUGGUGGUGGAUUUGGCAAAAAUACAAUACACACGUGACGGUGAACGACCAGAUUUAUGAAUAAACGUUGACUAACAUAGAUGAUUAUAUUGUUAUUCUAAUGAGUUUCCAAACCAUCUAUUCUAUUAACUAUGGGAGUAUCCACGUCCGGCAAACCAGUAACGAGACGGCCAUGAUAACUGGUCAUGAUAUGCUAAUAACCCUGAAUCUUAAUAGGUUAAAGACAAUACAUUUCUAAGGAACCGGUUUAAACAAAGCAAAUCAUUACAAAUUUGCAUAGUAUGACUUGUUGCUACAUAUGGCUAACUUUGUUUACUUAAAAUAACCAUAAAUCGGCAAGAUAUUUUCAAUUUCUUCACCAAAAAUAUUGUCUUGAAGCUCACUUUCUUGUCUUUUUAUAUCAACAUGCUUUGAAGUACUCAAACUCAUGUUUAAGAUGUCUAAAUAACGCUAAAUACGGACUCUGUAAUAUUAGGUACACACGGAUAAUAAAAUUGGGGGAAAUUUUGAUUUUUCGCACGAAUACAAGAUAGCAAUUCGUGCAUGGUUGCUGAAAUUCCCAAAUCCAUUAUAAAAUAUAUCAAGUCAUCAAGACACUUUUAAUAUAAAAGUAUGUGUUGUGGAAGGCUUGUAUACUAUUUGUACUGAUGACGAUUAUGUAUAUACUAUCGAGUCUAGAUGCAUGCACAUGAAGUUUCCACAAAACAAGAAAAAUUUUAAAAUAUACCCUUAAAAAAACAAUUUUAGUUACGAUAGUAUGGUGUGUUUUUUGGUGGGCUGAUUUAUAAUAAUUCAUCUUGUCUUUUUUAUGAUUUUUAGUCGACCUAUUAAUUAUAGUCAAUAGACAAUAUGUUUUAAAUAAUAUGUUUUACGUAAUUACGUUUUAACCAGAGUAUUGCUGCCGUUAUAAAACCACCAGUUCAAGAUGUUGUCCAGUUCUUAAAAGAUCAUAUACAGCACGAUAUAAGAUGUAUAGCACGAAGUACUGGAAACAAUGAUGGCGAGGCGGUGCAAAUAAUCCAUUUAGUACUUGUUGGUAUAGUAAACAAUCUAGGCCAGCAGACAGGUACGUUUAAUCAUAUAUAGAUUUGUAGCUAUACAUAUAAUUCCACGGCUGCUUUGUGACUAAUACCCUUCACCUGUUAUGUUCUGUUCUGCAUAGUAUAGUCUAUUCUGUUCUUUGAAAUAGACUCAAUUUUCUUUUCAAAUUAUAGCAAUUAAUCUAAUAUGUAUAUAGGAGAUUUAGAAUUUGGAAUCAUAGCCUAUCAAGAUAUGAUUGUUUGGAAACUAAACAGAAGUCAUUGUGUUAUGUUUUUUUCUGAGUUUAUGAUAAAUUGUGCACGGUCACGGUAAGUAAUCGUCCAAUGGGAAUAGCCGAGGUGAAACGUGCAGCCACAAUGAGUAAUAUUUAAUGAAGUUGAGACAAAAUAUUUGUGCAUAAUGAGGUAUAGUUCAACAUGAAGUAACAUGUAGCUUUGAAGUUUACAGAGCCUCCAUCAUAUCUUGACAGACUAUGUUGGUAUAUCAAGCAUAUCGUCUGAAAGUCAAAACUCACAACUGUAAAACCACAACCUCUAAGCCUUAAAAACACAAUUGACUUGUUCCGGUUAAUGCCGCUGUUUGUUCCUAGCAUAAGAUAACUCAUGCUUGUCCUUAUGCUAUAGUGUACAUACUGUAAGCUUGUAUUUCGUGAUUUUUGUACUAUUUAAAACACGAGUAGGAGUGUUUUAUCAGAUAUAAUUAGGUAUUUUACAUUAAUCAUGACUUCUUAAGUCCCUAGGAAUAAUUUACUAUGAUGUGAUGAUUGUAUACGAGAAAUAUCAAAUAGGCAGGCAUCAUAUCCAUCGUAUUACUUAGUUUUGCUAUGCUUAUUCUCUAACAAAUGUUAACUAUAUAUAACUUUAUUGUAUAGGUAACCUAAAUAUUGAUGGCAAUCUGACCACCAGAAAUUCGAGGACAGCUUGGGAAGAUGCAUUUAUGACCACGUAUUUGAAUCCUGUACUUUCCGUAAGUUUUUACAUCACAUGAUCAGAUAUGAUAGUGUUUACAGGCACUAUAAUUUGCCUGUAAUAAAUGCGCUUGUUUUUUCCUGGUGUAAAAAGUGUAUAGUAUACUGUAUACGAAAAUCUUGAAAACUGAAAUACUUCGCAAUUCUUGCAGUGAUGUAACAAUUUCAAAGUAUUAAGCGGUCAAAAUAUGAAAUCCGUGAAAUCCAUAGGCCUGCUAUGAAAUUUACAAUUGCACCACUAAAUCCAUAGUAUCCAUACUAUUUCGAUGCUAUACAUGAAGGUCCAUAUACAAUUUCCAUUCUUGGCUAUAUGCAUGGGCUUUUUCCAAUGAUUUUCCAAGUUUUUUUCCAAUGAUUUGUAUAGACUUGAUUGGGUCGGGGAGAUUGUUUUUACUGUAUAAUUAAUCUAGGACAAGUAUAUUGGUAGGCACAGAAAUGUUUGCCAGACGUUUCUAUAAUUUUGUAUUCGUACCAGGAUGAUUGGCAAAGAAUAAUAACUGGAAAGUAUGUGGCCUUGGCUGUGUGCCUCGUUUUCCUUUUUUGAGAGUCAUUUAUGUUGAAUGUAAAUGGCAUACGUAAAUUAUGUACAGACACACCCAAGAGCAUCUGCGAAAAAUCUGGCAAGAAUCAAACCUGCGAUUCCGUUGCAGUGCUCUAACCAAUGUAUCUAAUAUGUAUCUAAAAAUGUAUAUAUAAUUUAUACUUGAAAAUUCUAUAUACAAAAACCCUUCAACGGAAACGAGUCUCUAUUGGGAAAAUUGUAGUAUUUCCAUCGAUUUUGCAUGAUGGUAAGUGCUGUGGUAGUCAAAAGCAUAUUCUAUACAUAUACCUAUAUAUGAGAAAUCAGCGCAAAAUAUUUUCAGAAAAAAUCCAUUUCUCUAAAAGUAGCAAUAGGAAGAUUGCAGAUGGAAAACGUAAUUUAGAAGUGAAUGAAGGGAAGAAAUGCUCUUUAAUUAAAUUUUAAAACAUGGCAAAAGGGGGCGGGGGAAACAGUAAAUUAUGAUUUCUUCCAAAUAAAGUUCAAUCAGAAAUCAUCCUGAACGGUCUGUGCCAGUGUACAUAGUGCCCAUAAUAGGAAAGCUUCUUGGUAGACUAAAUUUUGAUCAAGGCAAGAAGAACGAAAUCCAACACCGCAGCUAGAAAGAGCAUCUUAGAAUGAGUAAAACUGCGAAGAAUGGUUGCUAAAUGUUAUAAAAUAAAGAAAAUAUAGCCUGUGAAGUUUCAAUUUUUUUAUGUAUUUGUAUUACGCGCGGUAAAAAUAACCACUUUCGGCUCAAAAAUGGUUAUUUUUCCUGUGCGUAAUGCAAAUAUACAGAAAAUUUGUGAACUUCACAGGGCUAUAUUUUCUUUAUUUUACAACAAUUCUCAACCAAUCUGCAAUUUUACUCAUUCUAGGAUGCUCUUUCCAUCUAUGGUAAUAUAUUUUGUUCUUCUUGUCGAGAUCCAAAUUUUGUCUGGAAUCAUCCAUUGGAUAUCAACUUUUAACUGUUGCAUUCUGACCUUCUUAGGCUAUUUCCCACCUGCUCCAAGACAGUUUGGGUCGUAUGGUCGGAGAUGAAAGACUUGGUAAGUAACAAUGUUUUUACAGAGAUUUUUUAUUUUUCCAACAUUACCAGAGAGGUAUAGCAUCUUGUUUUGAUACCUCAUCCACACAUGCAUGUAAGGACAGUCAUUACAAAAUCCCAGCCAUUCAUGUCAGAAUUAACAUCCAUGGGGGGGGGACCUUUACAUUUGGAUCAUAUUUAACCAUCUCAUGUACGUGAUUUCAAAGAAAACAUAGGGAGAGUUAAGAAAUCAAAACGUGGGGUUGGUUUGAUCGUGUCUGAGACACUCAGUAUAGUUGUCCUAACUUUACGGUGGCAACUCGAGCAUUGUCAGCUCGCUUUUAUGUAACACUUGUAUAAUUUCCGUAACUCCCAUUGCUAAAUAGCAACUCCCGUAUUUUACAAUGCUAUUUAUCGGACGUCUUCGAUGGACGAAUUAAAGUGCACAUACAGCUAUAUUGAAUUUUACAUAUUUGUAAUAUCCAGUACAUUUUAAGAUGAAAUGCAAUAUCUUUUCUUUGUGAAAAACGUCAUCUUCGUGGUCUUUUUUGGUUGUUAAAGUUUCCGGUUGUUAAAGUUUCUGGACGUCAUUUAAGGCAAUGCAAAUGAGUUUGCUAUUGUUUCUUGCAACAGAAAUGACUUAAGUGACGUCAGUUUCCGAAACUUUAUAGCCAAAAAGACAACGAACAUGUUUUUCACAAAAAAUAUAUAUAAUUGCAUUUCAUUUUAAAAUUUACUGGAUAUAUGUAAAAUUCAAAAUAGCUGUAUGUGCACUUCAACAGUAAUUUUUUCGCGGCCAAGACGUCUUUCUUUUUUUACCAGUCAAGCUAACAUAUUCAAAACAGCUUGUAACCCAUCGUUUUUGGAAUUAUAUUUAUAUCGAGUCAUUUUUAAUACACCAUUCCGUGAUGCUACCAACUUCUGGAAUACACAAACAUGCAUGCGUACACACUAACAACAGUAUAUGAACUGUAUACAUAUAGACAGUGUAUCUCCUAGUUUAACGUUUAAAACCUUCCUCAUAAUAUUCUGAUAUCGUUAAAUCACCAGAGAUAUAAUACAAUUUGACACACAAUUACUGUAAAAAUAUAGUAGCUACAUUUAGGUUUUUUAUAUUUGAUAUAUACUGUAUAGUUGCAAUUAACAUUGCAAAACUGAAAAUCCUUGGAUUCCUCUGUCGAUUUUCCAGUAAUGUGCAAUAAUUUCUUCAAUAUGCAGGCAAUAAUCGUUUGAUGAGGUUGCUGCAUGAACUGGAUGACCCAAAUUAUGAGUCCAUAACCGAACUCGAUUCAAUGUGUCCAGCGCUAUGGCGAUACCGCAAAAAAAUUACGAUAGAAUAUUUAUCAUUCAAGUUUCAAGAGUAUUCACAAGGACGUGUUGAGCCAGAUAGAUGUGAAGUUCUGGCGGAAUUCCUGAAAAAGGUAUGCAAAAAAUGCCAUCGUAUACUCAGGAAGAAUAUGAGGGAUAAUUGCCUUCGCAUGUUAAAAAGAACUCCCGUCCCGAUACAGGCUACAUAAUUUACCACUAAAAGGAAAUACAAAGUAUUUUUGUGCAUUUUGUGCAUGUCAAGAUUCAAAUUUUACACGGCAUUUAACUUGCAAUCGUAUAAAUAAUUAUUAAGACUGUAAAACAUUUUUAAGAUUUUUGUAACAAGCAAGAUUCUUUAAGAAAAAUUACCCCAUGAGCAGGAUCUCGUGAUUUUUCUUUUUAAAGCAUUCAUUUUACUGUUGAUGCAGAACAAAAAAAAACCAGUAAUAAUUUCAGAAUAUUUGGAAAGGAAUGUUCUAUUUUCCUAUAAGAACCGACCGUACGGGAAAUCAUAAAAAUACAUAACUCUGUCUGCGAGAAUAAAUUUUGACAACAAUAAAUUCUUAUUGAUUUAAAUUUCUCGUUUAAUUUUUAGUUAUAUAUGUUAAUUAUUGUCUCAAUGAACAAUUGUUUAAAUUUUGUUUUAUAUACUUCUUUAUAGGAGCACCAUCUCCGUGCGUUGCAAUAUUUUCCAGAUAUUAUAAAACUACAGCGUUUGCUUUUCGAGAAAUUUCAUCGUCGUUUGGAUCGAAAUGAAGCAGAGGAAUUCACUUUGGGAAAAUUCUUGAAAAGCUGUAAUUAUUACAUU